AUGUUGUCGAGAGCCCGCAUCAGGAGCUUCGGCCUGCAGUCAUUGCCCAAAAGACAAGCUUACCGGCUUGCUCGCAGAACUGUCACCACCGAUGCAGCAAGUUCUCACGCGGAGAGAGAUGAUGUUCCUGAUGAGGAUGACAAACCUUUCCAAGUCAAGCUCUCCGACGAGAGCUUCGAAACUUACAACCUCGAACCUCCUCCGUACACUCUCGACACAACUAAGAAGGAGUUGAAACAGAUGUACUAUGAUAUGGUGUCAGUCCGUCGUAUGGAAAUGGCGGCCGACAGACUCUACAAGGAGAAGAAAAUUCGAGGUUUCUGUCAUUUGUCAACUGGCCAAGAAGCUGUUGCCGUGGGUAUUGAACAUGCUAUUACCAGGCACGACGCGAUCAUUACUGCCUACCGAUGCCAUGGUUUUGCGCUCAUGCGUGGUGGCACUGUCAAGUCCAUCAUUGGCGAGCUGCUCGGUCGCCGUGAGGGUAUUGCGUAUGGAAAAGGUGGAUCAAUGCAUAUGUUCGCUCCAAACUUCUAUGGCGGGAACGGCAUCGUCGGAGCCCAGGUUCCCGUUGGCGCUGGAAUUGCCUUUGCACAUCAAUACACUGGCAGCAAGACGGCGACGCUGACUCUCUACGGCGACGGCGCUUCCAACCAAGGCCAGGUCUUCGAGGCGUUCAACAUGGCUAAACUGUGGAAUCUUCCGGUUAUCUUUGGCUGCGAAAACAACAAAUACGGCAUGGGAACAUCCGCUGCUCGAUCAUCCGCCUUGACCGAGUACUACAAGCGAGGACAAUACAUACCAGGUCUGAAGAUCAAUGCUAUGGACGUCCUUGCCGUCAAGGCUGCGGUGCAGUACGGCAAAGAAUACACGGCAAACGACAAUGGUCCAUUGGUGUUUGAAUAUGUUACCUACCGAUAUGGUGGCCACUCCAUGUCUGAUCCUGGCACAACCUACAGAACAAGAGAAGAAAUCCAACGAAUGCGAUCCACGAAUGAUCCCAUCGCCGGUCUUAAGCAGAAAAUCCUGGACUGGGGCGUUUGCACAGAGGAUCAGCUCAAGCAGAUUGACAAGAAGGCUAGAGACGAUGUUGACGGAGAAGUCGCAGAAGCCGAGAAGACGGCACCUCCUGAGCCGAUUCCGAAGAUUCUCUUUGAGGAUAUCUACGAACGAGGCAGUGAACCGGCGUAUAUACGUGGCCGCACUCCCGAUGAGACUUAUUAUUAUUGA